AUGACACAAACAUAUGCAUACACGCAUACUAUCUAUAUGCACUAUAUGACAUCAGAGGAAAUCACAUUGCGAAAAUCAUAUUUUCUUGUUGAAAUUCAUAAAACUGGCAAUGUGUCUACACCUCAUUUUCAGCACAGUUACAAAAAUGGGGAAAAACCCGUGGGAGCCCAUGCUGUCAAGAUUAUUGGGUGGGGCGAAGAAAGUCAUAAUGGAAAGAAAAUCCUCUAUUGGUUAAUGGCGAACUCAUGGGGCGAACGCUGGGGAGACAAUGGUGAGUGUAUCAUCGAAAGGUGCUUGCAAAAAACAAAACGCAUCAAGUUUUGCUUAGGACACUUCAAAAUGGUGCGUGGAAAGAACAACUGUGGCAUUGAACAAAACGUGACUGCUGGUCUACUGUAA